AUGAAUAAGCAUCAGAAGCCAGUGCUAACGGGCCAGAGGUUUAAAACCAGAAAGAGGGAUGAAAAAGAGAAAUUUGAACCUACAGUGUUUCGGGAUACGAUCAUCCAGGGCCUCAAUGAAGCUGGCACUGACUUGGAGGCAGUAGCAAAAUUUCUUGACUCGACAGGCUCCCGAUUAGAUUACCGCCGCUAUGCUGACACGCUGUUUGACAUUCUCAUAGCUGGGAGCAUGCUAGCUCCAGGCGGCACUCGCAUAGAUGAUGCAGACAAAACCAAGGUGACCAAUAACUGUGUCUUUGGAGCCAAUGAGGAUUAUGAGACCAUGCGUAAUUAUGCCCAGGUCUUCAGCAAACUGAUCAGGAGAUAUAAAUACCUGGAAAAAGCUUUUGAAGACGAAAUCAAGAAGCUUCUACUGUUUCUCAAGGCGUUUUCAGAUACCGAACAGACCAAGCUAGCUGUGCUGACUGGCAUUUUAUUGGCUGGUGGAACCCUCCCGGCCACUAUUCUCACAAGUCUCUUUUCCGAGAAUAUCGUCAAAGAAGGCAUAUCCGCCUCUUUCGCCGUAAAACUUUUUAAAGCAUGGAUGUCCGAGAAAGAUGCUAACUCUGUGACGUCCUCUUUACGGAAAGCCAAUCUGGACAAGCGGUUACUGGAACUGUUCCCAGCCAAUCGGCAGACGGUGGAGCAUUUUGCCAAGUAUUUCACUGAUGCCGACCUCAAGGAGCUCUCCGACUUUCUGAGGGUCCAGCAGUCUCUUGGAACCCGCAAAGAGCUCCAGAAAGAAUUGCAAGAGCGAUUAUCUCAAGAAUGUCCAGUCAAAGAGAUAGUGCUCUACUUGAAAGAAGAAAUGAAACGGAACGAAUUAGCCGAACACGCAGUGAUCGGGCUCCUGUGGACCUGCAUAAUGAAUGCCGUAGAGUGGAACAAGAAAGAAGAGCUGGUUGCAGAGCAGGCUUUGAAGCAUUUGAAGCAAUAUGCGCCACUGCUGGCUGUUUUCAGCACACAAGGCCAGUCGGAGCUCGUGCUUCUUCAGAAGGUCCAGGAGUACUGCUAUGACAACAUCCACUUCAUGAAAGCCUUUCAGAAGAUUGUUGUUCUCUUUUACAAAGCCGAUGUUCUGGGGGAAGAAGCCAUAUUGAAGUGGUACAAGGAAGCCCACCUGGCCAAGGGCAAAAGUGUCUUUCUUGACCAGAUGAAGAAAUUUGUGGAGUGGCUGCAAAACGCAGAGGAAGAAUCGGAAUCCGAAGGGGAAGAGAACUGA